AUGACCACUCGAGCUAAGAACAACAUAACUAAACCCAACCAAAAAUUUAGCCUACUCACAAAAAGAACCACCACACCCUUUAUCCCGACCACUGUGAACCAGGCUUUGAGAGAUCCUCGAUGGAGAAAUGCUAUAGGCGACGAGUUCAAUGCUCAAGUUCGGAAUCGCACGUUUGAUUUGGUCCCACCAGACCCAAGUCAACAUGUGAUUGAUACAAAGUGGAUUUACACACUAAAAUAUCUUCCUAGUGGUGUUUUGGACAGCAAUGCCUGGCCAAUCAAGCAACUCGAUGUUGAUAAUGCAUUUUUGCAAGGCACACUCACAGAUGAAGUGUACGUCGCUCAACCACCUGGUUUUGUGGACAAAGAUCGACCGGAUCACGUUUGUCGUCUCCGUAAGGCCCUAUACGGACUCCAACAGGCGCCUCGUGCAUGGUAUGAGGAGCUCAAAAGCUUUCUUCUCUCCAUUGGCUUUCGCAACUCCCUUGCUGAUACCUCCGUGUUCACCCAAAUCCACAAUGGUACGAAAGUCUAUAUUCUCGUAUAUGUGGAUGAUAUAAUUGUCACAGGAAGCAGUCAAACGCUCAUACAGACGGUGAUCCAUACACUCUCUGAUAGAUUUUCACUCAAAGAGCCUACCGACCUGAGCUAUUUUCUUGGUAUUGAAGCGAUUCGUAGUCCCCACGGACUCAACCUGAUGCAGAAGAAGUACAUCCUCGACCUGCUUACUAAAACCAAGAUGCUCGACGCCAAACCAGUGACUACACCAAUGCCUCCGACUCCAAAGCUCACACUCGCCUCUGGUACACCACUACUUGAACCUCGCGAUUCAUGCAUAGGCCGACCGGAUACAUUGGCAGCCGCCAAACGUGUCUCCGGUAUCUUGCAGGGACUCCUUCAUGGCACUACGCGUCUCAGUCCUGUCACUCUCCAUGCCUAUGCUGAUGCUGAUCCCGACACUCAUGAUUAUGUCUCCACCAAUGCAUACAUUCUGUUUCUCGGAAGCACACCAAUUGCCUGGUCUUCUAAGAAGCAAAAAGGUGUUGCUCGUUCAUCUACUGAGUCCGAGUAUCGUGGAGUCGCCAACACCGCUGCUGAGAUCAGAUGGAUCUGCUCACUACUGACGGAACUCGGCAUCACGUUACCAUCAGUACUGGUCAUCUAUUGCGAUAACGUUGGCGUUACAUACCUCUGUGCAAAUCCUGUUUUCCAUUCACGGAUGAAGCACUUGGCAUUAAACUAUCACUUUAUUCGCGACAAUGUCCAGUCAGGUGCCUUACGAGUGACGCAUCUCUCCACCAAAGACCAAUUGGCCGACGCUCUCACAAAGGCACUACCACGACCAAGAUUCUUGGAACUCUUUAGCAAGAUUGGAGUAAAAGAGUUUCUUCCAUCUUGA